AAAAAAUUUUAAAUUUUCAACGCUAGCUCCACGGCAUCCCACUCUCUAAUCCACGUGUCUUCUCUCUGUCUAUGGCUUCCCUUUCAAGAACAGAGUAGAAGAAGCUCCUCUGAGAAGAACCAACCCCACCACCACAAGAAGAAAAGGAGGUUUUGGUGGAGAUAAAAGAAGAAAAAUUUUCAAGGUUUUUAGCCGAAAGAGAGAAUCCGGUUGCUUGGAGGUUUUUAAUGAGAGAUAUGUAUAUAGGGUCUAUGACAAAGUCUUUUAAGGACUCUAUUAAAGUUCUUGAAGCUGAUCUUCAACAUGCUAAUACUCUGGCAUCAGAUUUUUCAAGGGAUUAUGAUGGAGCCUGUCUUCAGAUGAGAAUGUCAUAUGCUCCAGCAGCAAACCUGUUUCUUUUUCUUUUUCAGUGGACAGAUUGCCAUCUUGCAGGUGCACUUGGACUGCUAAGGAUCCUAAUUUAUAAGGUUUAUGUGGAUGGCACAACGACCAUGUUCACUCAUGAAAGAAAAGCAAGCAUCAAAGAGUUCUAUGCUGUGAUUUAUCCCUCUUUAUUGCAACUUCAAAGAGGGGUCACUGAUACAGAAGAUAAGAAGCAGAAGGCAGUAUGCGUGGAAAGGUACCGAAGAAGAGAUGAUGAGGAACAUAGGCAGCAUACUGACAUUGACAUUGAAAGAGAAGAAGAGUGUGGAAUAUGCAUGGAGAUGAAUAGCAAGAUAGUACUGCCCAACUGCAACCAUGCCAUGUGCUUGAAAUGUUACCGGGAAUGGCGAACAAGAUCCCAGUCAUGCCCCUUCUGUCGUGACAGUCUCAAGAGAGUAAACUCGGGAGAUCUCUGGGUAUUUACUGACAGCCGGGACAUUGUGGACACGGCCACCGUGACGAGAGAGAAUCUUAGAAGGCUUUUCAUGUAUAUAGAUAAGCUGCCGCUGAUUCUUCCUGACAACCUUUUCGACUUGUAUGAUUCUCAUAUAAGAUAGGUGAUGAGUACAGCCAGGAAUAGCCAUCUUAUAUGGUCUUUGGAUGAGCAGUACACUUCCUUUUCUUAAUAUAACAUAAUCGCUGGAAUUCAUUUGGCAAAAUUUAGGGCUCUAAGAAUUUCAGCAGUGUCUUCCCGCUUCCUGUCAGAAGAAAAUCCAACCCGAGUUAUUGUGGGUUGGCAGGUGAAGUUGAUUUAGUUAAAGACGGGGUCUUAUAAAAUUGUAUCUAGCACAUUUGUACAUCCUUGUAUAGCUUGAAGCUUGCUUAUAAAAGCUCAGCAAUUUCUCUCUA